AUGCAGGAGGCGGCGGUGGAGGCGGCGGAGGGUCGGGUGGGGCGCGUUGGGUCAGGGGUGGCAUCGUCAUGGCUGGGGGCUGACGUGGCAGAUUUGGUCGUGGAGGUGGAGGCUGUGCGGGACUCAUGGACCGUUCUGGCGGCUGGCAAUGCCAACGUCGUGUUUCGCUCCUCGGCACCGUCUUGUGCUGCCAUGGUCCUUCGCGUUCCUCGUGCUGUUCAUGUCAAGCCCAUCGCACGUCAAGACCAAGCUGCCGCCUGGCUGCCUGCCGAGCUGGCCUGUCCUCAGCCCUGCCAAGAAUUGGCGUUUGAGCGCCUGGUGGCGCAGCCCUCCAACAACUUCCGAUGCUGGGUCAAUGGUGAGCCUUUGUUGGAGGCUGCUUUGGUACCCUGGUGGGAUCGUCACUCGAAACUGCGGACAGCCAUUUUGGUAGCCCUGAACGAGUCGGGCGUGCUACCAAGGCUUCUCGAGCUCCAGCGGCUGUCCCAGGAGCUGCCCAUGGAGGCAUAUGAGCGAUUGGCCAAAUUAGCAACCAGUACUGGCACGGACCAAGACCCCGAUACCGCGCUGCAGGCCGCCCUGGCUGCAGAGCCGACCAACCCCGACUGGGUUGCGUUGUACCGUUACUGCCUCGCCGCCACUUUUCGUGACUGCAGCAUUUUCAUUACGCUAGCCACUUCCAUUCCCACCAAUGAGGCUGCAAGACCUGAGCAACAGCCGCCCGUUGUCUUGACUUCAGUCAAAGUCGUGGAUCUGGAUCUCAAGAGGUGCGGACACGCGCGCUAUCAAGGACCUGCCUAG